AUGCGGAGGGUACUUGGAAAAAUUGCUGGGUAUUUCAGCAAUCGAACUGUGGCUGGAGUAGACAAAACUGGGAACAAAUACUUCACCAGAAAUGAAGAAAUUGAUGGUAUCAUGAAAGAGAAGAGAUGGGUGGUGUUUAAGGGAGAGCAAGAUCCUACCUCCAUUCCAGUUGAAUGGAUAUGUUGGCUGAACGGGCAGCGUAAAAGGGCUCCAACUACAGAGGAACAGAUAGAAUUGGAUGCAAGACGUGAACAAGUUAGACAGAAUGUUGCUCUUCUCAAGAAAGAAGAAGAGGAAAGGAAUGCCAAAGAAGGAAGUAGAGUCCGACGUGUCGUCAACCCUGAAAACGUUGGUGGUCCGGACUUGAAAAGUUUUAUACGGCAGUUACAGGUUCCUUCCGAAGGUAACGAGGUUGAAGAAUCACCUGGCACAAAGAAUGACUUGAGGAGUUCUCAAGAUAGCACAACUAAGAAUGCAAAAGAUGAGCUUGAGUCUUCAGAGCCAACUGGUUCAGGUGCAAGUUAUAGACCUGGAACAUGGCAACCUCCAUUUUGA